AUGUCAAGCCGCACCUGGCUUGCCCUCCUCCUUGUGGGGGUCACAUUUUGUGACGCCACACUCAGCUUCCGAUACAGACGUCAGGCCGAGCAUCCAAAGUCGCAGUUCAAUGGGCCCAGUUUUGACUCGUUCGGCACUGAUCCAUUAGCUCCAAAAGAGUCGUUGGAAAAAGUCUCAACCUUUGCCAACAAUGUCAUGGAACGGAUGGGAAUCAGCUGGGGUGGGGAUGAGAGGGAAGUGAGGAGACGAGAGCCUCCACUUCCUUCGUCUCUGUAUCAGUCCGACGAUCUGAACUCGAUUGUUGAGACGGCGGGACAAGACCGAGUGGAUCUUCAAGGACUGACUUCUGGUCAAAUCCCUGGCCUUGCGCCCAUUCCAGUCCCCGGAUUUCCCGGAGAAAGCGACAACCCAACCGUUCCCGGCGUCAACACUAUCCCCGGCCUACGGAAUUUCAACUAUUUGGUAAGUUAUUGGCCUUCCUAACUAGUUAAUCUAGCAAAACUCUUUACGCAAACAGAAAAUCGAGCCUGUACUUUUUACAACGACGUAUUUUACCUUUCAGGUCGGUCAACUAAUCCCUCAAAUGAUUCCCCCAACCAAUACUUUGUUGGGAUCUUCGAUCAGUCGACUUUUGCCAAAGGACACCACCAAAAACUUGGCCAAGAACGUCUUCAGAGCGGUUCAUCCAGCUGCUGAGAACGUCGAUGUGGCUAGGAUGAUGGGACGUUGGUUCCAGGUCAUCACUUCACCUCAUGUGAUCCGAGAAGCCUGCACCGUGUCACAUUGUAAGUGGCGGUGAUACAGUCUCGGACAGGAUCAUGUGGCAGAAAUCGCAUCCAAAUGCAUCUUCGAUCAAUAAAACGCAUCCUAGUGCUUCCUAGGAUGCGUUUUAUUGUUCCAAAGAUGCAUUUGGAUGAGUUUUCUGCAACAUGAUCGUGUCCGAGACUGUCAAAAAAUGAAGUCUUAGGAGGUUAUAGCCUUUGCAACCCUCCUUUUUCUUUGCAAAUUUACCGAAAACUCGAUAAAAAACUAAUUUUCAGUUGGCGCUCUGACCAACAACACCUACAGUGCGACCUUCACCAUCUUGAAGUUCUACAGGGAAGGAAAUCCCAACGGCCCACCAAGAUUCUCGCUUGGAUAUGGAUUCAAGGCCGGAGACACUGGCCAAUUCUUGCUUCACAGCAGCAACUCCCCCGAUUCCGAGCCUUGUAAGUCAUUUUUAUAACCAAACCCGGGAUUUUCACCUUGUUUUAGCUCUAUUUUUUCAUUAUUCUUAUAUUUUUUGGCUCUCAAACCACUUAAAAAUCAAUUGAAAGGCCUCGAAUUCUAAUUUUACUUCUUUUCAGUCUGGGUGAUCAAGCUCGGACCACUCAACGAAUACAAGCAAUACGACUACGCGGUGGUCUCGAACUGGGUCCGUUUCCCAGUCUUCGUCAUUGCGCGUGAUCCAGAGCGCUUCCAGAGGGAUCACAUGAAGCCCGUUCUUCAAUUCCUUGAAGACAACAGUGAGUUUUGUCAACAUUUUUUUCAAAUUUCAAGCUAUCUAAACUCCCGAAUCUAACAAGGAAAGUGCUUCUAUGGGGUAUGGAGUUACAGGUCAAGACAUAUAUCAAAAAAUUCGCAAAACUUUUCUGUUUCAUAAUAUGCAAAAGUUAGCUGCCUAAUUUUGGUUUGUAAGGGUGAAAAAAUCUUCAGAACUUUUCUCGCAACACAACAUAUAUGAGAAAAGUUCCGAGGAUUUUUUCACCCUCACAAACCAAAAUUAGGCAGCUAAUUUUCACAUAUUCUGAAUCAGAAAAAAAUUUGCGACUUUUUGAUAUACGUCUCGGCCUGUAACUCCAUCCCCAUAGAAGUAUCUUCCUUAUAAAACAAUAUCAGAGUCCUCUAACCUACAAAAUUUUCUUUCCAGACUACAUCAACGUAAUGACCAAGGCCUUCAACAUGAUCUCGCCGGUGGAUUACAGCCAAUGCCAGUACACGCCCACCUUCUCAGGGGCCGGAAAAUAA